AUAAAUGAAAAACGGUAAAUGAAAAGAAAAAAAGGAAACGACAAUGACGUAGAAAUAUAGUAGUUUCUUUUAAUUUAGUCCGAAAAAGGAAAUUUUCUGGAAGUAAUGGAUAAUGCUAGACGGCUAACAUAUAAAUAUCUUUACCAACAAAUAAGUUAUUCUUCAAUUACUUACUUUUUAUUUUAUUCAAUCAAUCUUUUUACCAGCAAAAUCCCUUUUUAAUAUGUCUCGUUCACAAUAUCCUCCUAUUGUCCUUAAUACUGCUUCCACUGCUCGUUUGCAUCCUUCCAGACAAACAGCAUCUACUGGUGGUAGCAAUAGAAUGAACCAGCUUGAAGAGCAAGUUGCUUCCCAAAGCCAAAGAAUCUCUCAGUUGGAGGAAGAGAUUAGCAACUUAACAAGCCAAAAUAUGACAAGAUUCACGAUGCUUACGAGUAAAGUGGACGUAAAUUUGAUCCCAGAUCUACGUUAAAAGAUGGAGGUCAUAACGAGCAGAUCUUCGAUUUCAUCUUUGCUCAGGUUAGAGACAACAACAAUUCUGGGGAAAGAGCACGGAAAGAGAUUUCGGCACGUAUCAGAAGUGUGUAUGAUACGGAAAAAAGGAAGCAUUCGCGUGCCGAAAUCAACACACAGGAGCAACUAGAAGCUCUUAAAAAAAA